AUGAUAGAAGAAGGGAGGAAUGAGGUGGAUUUUGAACCAAUGUCUUUAGAUUGGGUGUUCAAUGAACUUAUUGCGGCAGGUCGGAUAGGGCAAGAGGCUGUUUGCCCCACUAAUGCACUUUGUUUAUGUCAGAGUAAAGAAGGAAGAUCUGUGAAAAAGUGUGUAACUUUUAGAAUGUUUUUGCAAAAGAUGGUGGAUAACAAGUUUAUAGAGAUUGGUUGUACCCGCAAAAGUGGAGAGAUUGCAGUCAUUGGGGAAAACAGGCCGGUAUAUCAUCAGUGCACUAAUCAACCAUUUAUACCUACCAUGAACAAGGCUCUUCCCACACAGGAAGCGCCAGCUCGCUUGGUGAUCUCUACUCCCAGGCCAUUCCCAUACAAGAGUAACCAAGCAGUACCCUGGAAAUAUGAAUGUGAAGCGUAUGUCGAAGGAAGCACCAGCAAUAUAGCAGGGGUGAAAGGGAUAACUCGAAGUGGUAGGGUGUAUAUGCCAGAUUCUUCUAAAACAAAUCGACAGAAUGCAGGGGAACCAGACAGGGCAGUGAAAAGUCCAAUAUCUAAUGGAGAGGCCGAAGAAUUCCUGAAGAUAAUAAAGCAUAGCGAGUACAACAUCGUGGACCAACUAAAGAAAAUGCCGGCUCACAUAUCUGUUUUGUCACUUCUACUAAAUUCAGAAACCCAUCGGGAGGCGUUACUUAAAGUCCUAAAUCAAGCCUACAUUCCCCAAGAUAUCAGCGUUGAUAAAUUCAAUCAUGUGAUCGGAAGUCUAGCAGCCUCCAAUUACAUCACUUUUACUGAUGAAGAAAUUCCGCCAGAAGGCCAGGGGCACAACAAGGCGCUGCAUAUAUCCACCAAAUGUAAGGAUCAUAUGAUGUCUCGAGUCCUGAUAGAUAAUGGAUCAUCCCUCAAUGUUAUGCCAAUGACUACACUGCAAAGGUUACCCAUUGACCCUUCUUAUGUGACACCAAACAAUUUGGUGGUGCGUGCCUUCGAUGGGACACGAAGAGAGUCAGUAGGGUCGCUUGACAUCCCUAUUCAGAUUGGACCCGUAACCUUCAAUAUCACUUUUCAAGUCAUGGAUAUUACGCCUUCAUACAGUUGUCUCUUGGGAAGGCCUUGGAUACAUAAUACUGGGGCAGUUCCCUCCUCUUUGCAUCAGCGAGUGAAAUUUAUAGUAGGGGGAUAA